AUGGACUUGAAUCCGGACAAAUGUUUUGUGAUGACAUUUGCACGUUCUCGGUCAGCUCUUGAGUAUGGUUAUACUAUUGGAGGUGCCCAUCUGAAGCGAGUGGAGAGUGCAAAGGACCUUGGAAUAAUAAUGGUACCUAAUCUUGACCCUCGGGAGCACUUGCAACAUAUUUCUAAAAAAGCCAACGCUUCCCUUGGAUUUGUCAUAAGAGCCUCACGUGAUGGUCUUUCUGUUCCCUCAUUGAGACAUCUCUUCAUCUCGCUGGUCAGACCACAUCUGGAGUAUGCGUCCGUGGUGUGGGCUCCUUUCCAGAAAAACCAUUGUUGA